GGGCUAGAACCCAAGCCUGCUGACUCCGUGCCCAGUGCUCCGCCAGCCUCUCGAAGCUCGCGGUGAGCACGUUCCCAUUCCCCAUCUCCACUCAUCCUGGGCCAGGGAGUGAGGGUUUGGCUUCUGCCUCGGACGACCCCCUGGGAUCCGGGGAGCGCUUGGGGAUCUUCGGCUUAGACCCCGGAAGCGCCGCGCAACUCCCGGGAGCGGAGACCACGCGCGGGUUUGUCACUUUAAAGAGGGAGCGGGCGGGCGAGCGCGAGGGAGCGCGCGGCGGGCUCCUGGGAGCGUGCCCGGACUGCGGCGCAGCUCGCGACUGCCGCCCCGGCCCGGCCGAGCCCCCGGACCGCGCCGCGCUCCUCCCAGGCGGGCGCGGGGAGACACUGCAGGCUUGGCUCCGCCGGCUACGGCCGGGCUUGGCGCCGGUGCGUGCGCGCUGCGGGAGGCCGGCCGGGAGCCGGAGCCCAAGCCGGAGCCGGAGCCCAAACCGGAGCCGGAGCUGGAGCGGCGGCCCCUCCGCGGAGCCGGGUCUCAGCCCCUGUGGUGGGCGUCAUGGCCGUGGACGUGGCAGAAUACCACCUGAGCGUCAUCAAGAGCCCCCCUGACUGGGAAGUGGGUGUCUAUGCUGCCGGGGCCCUGGCACUGCUGGGAAUUGCAGCUGUGAGCCUGUGGAAGCUCUGGACGUCGGGGAGCUUCCCCAGCCCCUCCCCGUUCCCAAACUACGACUACAGGUACCUUCAGCAGAAGUAUGGUGAGAACUACGCAGAGGCCCAGCAGAAGAGAGUGCCUGCCUGGAAUGCCCAGCGGGCCAGCACUAGGGGGGCACCCAGUCGCAAAGGCAGCCUCAGCAUUGAGGACACCUUUGAGAGCGUCAGCGAGCUGGGACCCCUGGAGCUGAUGGGCCGUGAGCUGGACCUGGCCCCCUACGGGACCCUCCGAAAAUCCCAGUCGGCCGACUCCCUGAACUCCAUCUCCUCCGUGAGCAACACCUUCGGGCAGGACUUCACGCUGGGUCAGGUGGAGGUGAGCAUGGACUACGAUGCCGCCUCCCACACCCUCCACGUGGCUGUGCUGCAGGGCAAGGACCUCCUGGAGCGGGAGGAAGCCAGCUUCGAGUCCUGCUUCAUGCGCGUCAGCCUGCUGCCGGAUGAGCAGAUCGUGGGCAUUUCCCGGAUCCAGAGGAACGCCUACUCCAUCUUCUUCGACGAGAAGUUCUCCAUCCCCCUGGACCCUGCAGCCCUGGAGGAGAAGAGCCUGCGGUUUUCCGUGUUUGGCAUCGAUGAAGAUGAGCGGAAUGUGAGCACAGGGGUGGUGGAGCUGAAGCUUUCUGUGCUUGACCUCCCGCUGCAGCCCUUUGGCGGCUGGCUCUACCUACAGGACCAGAACAAGGCCGCCGACGCUGUGGGCGAGAUCCUGCUGUCCCUCAGCUACCUCCCAACGGCCGAGCGUCUUACAGUGGUCGUGGUGAAAGCCAAGAAUCUCAUCUGGACCAACGACAAGACCACAGCGGACCCCUUCGUCAAGGUGUACCUGCUGCAGGAUGGGAGGAAGAUGAGCAAAAAGAAGACGGCUGUGAAGAGGGACGACCCUAACCCAGUGUUCAAUGAAGCCAUGAUCUUCUCAGUGCCAGCCAUCGUGCUCCAGGACCUGUCUCUCCGUGUGACGGUAGCUGAGAGCAGCAGUGAUGGCCGUGGGGACAACGUAGGCCAUGUCAUCAUUGGGCCGUCGGCCAGUGGCAUGGGCACCACGCACUGGAACCAGAUGCUGGCCACGCUGCGCAGGCCCGUGUCCAUGUGGCACCCUGUCCGUCGAAACUAGCAGCCGGGGCAGGGCCCGGGUGGGCACCGGAGCCCGGCGUGAACUCAGCUCCAACACCCUUCUCUGUAGUCUGGCUGGAACCAUUGAACGCUGGGGUCCCCCGGUGGAGUCCCCAAGAGCCAUCUUGGUCCCUCUAUCUAGGCUGCGGUGGAGGAACAGGCCUGGCUGGAUGUCUAGGGACCCAGGGUUGUCUCCCACUGAGGACCAGCCGUGGCUGGGCCAGGGCCCGGGGAGGGCAGCCAGGCAUUGGCCCGCUGUGCUCCCAUUUUGAGCUCCCCAACAGGCCUGUCCCUUGGCCUUGGCGGGGCCUUGGCCUCUCAGAGCUCCCCACAUCCCAUCCCUGCUGGGAGGCCACGCAUAAGGACCAUGAGUCUUGGAGGCCAGGUGCUGUGCAAGGCACAGGCUGGGGUGACACGAACAAGGCACAGCCCCUAGGACGUCGGGAAGACAAGAUCCCCUUGCCCUGGUGAUCUGCUCUUUGCGGAUGGCGGCCCCUCCACGUAGACCUGGGGAGGGCUCUGGGGCCGGGGAGCGCGGGGACAAGAUGGGAGCUGUGCUGUGAGGGUCAGGGAAAGAACUGAGUGUCCCAGGCCAGUGGCCCGUCCGCAGCAUGGCAGGGUAAGAACAUCCCUGUCACAAACGCAGUUCUCACCCUACUGCCGUGGACACAAGGGCCUCUUUCUGGGAAGGAGGAGAGAUCGAGGGACCAGGCCAAUCGGUGGCCCUCAGGCCAUGUGGGACGCUGGGUCAUCCUCUAUGAAAUAGAACUGUAACCCUUAUAAGGCCCAGGGGUCCAAAGAGUCCCAGAGCCAGGUCCUUGUGUUCAGGCAUUGGCUCCACGGCGUUGGUUGGUGUCCCUUCAGGCCAGGCCCUGCGGGGAAGAGAGAUGCCUCAGCCUCUGGGGGGUGCUGGUGGGCAAUGGGGAGGCAGAAUACAGACUGCCGAGGGGCAUGGGAGAGGCCUCUGUGGGCAGCAGGCACCUGGGAGGACACAGUGGAGCCCGAGGCCUUGGGCUGGGCCUUGCAGGAAGGGGCGACCUGAGUGGCGACCGUGAGGGGAAGUUGAGGGGGUCAGGAUGGAGUUGGGGGGGCAGGCUUGAAUGCCAGCGGGGGACAUGGCUCUGGAGCCUGGUUCAGACCCCCAGGACACCAGCUGCCCAAGGCUGAUUCCAGAAGCAGACCCCGAGGUUCGCAGGCAAGGGGUCUAUUGGGGGAGAGCCCUCAGGAAAACCCUGUAAGGCAGAGAGGGGGCUUCGGGGCAAGCGAAGGAGCCGGCAGGUUGUGGCUUCCGCGGAGUCCCAACGGUGAGGGCUUGUGCGAAUGGCACCCCAGAGGAGUCCUGCCCAGGAGCCAAGGGCUGGACCGUUACACACCCACAGGAGUCUUGGAGGGAAGGUGUGCGUGGCCUUCUAGGUGUCACUGAGGCGGCUCCAAGCCGCCGAAGGCAGCCCCAGAGAAGCAGGCGCUGUGCGCCCCUCGCAGCUGAGGGGUGGGGGGCCCACCGGGUUACAGCGAUGGGGGGAAGGGAGGUGAGAGGUAGGUCCUCAGGCUGGCUGCCUCUGGACCUGGUGGGCUGCGGAGACCCAGGCCCAGCCAGUUACCCCCAGUGAUGUCGGGGAGCCCAGGGUGGUCACGGGACCUGAGGCAGCGUGGUGGCUCUCCCCACCUGACGCAGCUGCGGCCCGGUCCCGAGGCCGGGCUGCCCACUGUGUGGCCGGCGCCAGGAGGUCUGCGCGGCCCAGGCCAGCCCAGGGCCCGGGGACACGCAGCUGGCGGGGGCCCCUGCCGCCGGGGAGAGGCCCCCGCCCUUCCACCCCAGUGGCUCUGCUGUGCAGACCAUUUACUCGCCUGCCUUCUCUUCCCCUUCCAUCCCUCCCUCUAACUGCAUGAAAUGCUGACUGUGCACCCGGAUGGGCGUGGUGGGGACCGAGUAUGCUGACUGGAAUAAUUCUAGAACCAAAAUAAAGCUGGGGCAGGAGGGAGGGGGCUUCCGGGGAGCCCUGCUUGCCCCAAAUCAC